AUGGAUUAUCUCUAUUUAGGAACUAAUGAGGAAGUGAAUAUCAACCCUACAAUGAGAGCAGCAACACUAACGACAGCUCCCACAGGACCAGUCAUCAGUGAUCCAGUCAUUCCAGCAGAUUGCAAGAGAGAAAAAGUGGAACCUGCUGCAAUUCCUCCUCCAUUUGCAAUGGCUGAAGAGGACAUCCAAGCAGAGGCCAAUGAUUUUGCAGCUAUUCCAGUUUUUGUAAAACCUGCAAGGUUGAUGGCGGCUUUAGAGGCCAUGAUGGUGGCAGUGGAGGCAGUUACAAAAGUGGAAAUGUUUGGCAUUGAGAGGUACAUUUUGUUUUUUUUGAAUAUUGGAAAACAAGAAGACGCAUCUUUGAAAGGGUCUUUUUAA